AAUGGGAGUGUUGAAUUUACAUCCUGUAUUAGAACUACAACCCUGCCCUUUUUUGGACUUACGAGGUGCAUCUUCAGCUCGAUCCAUGGCGACUCAACUCCCUCGGCUGCUCCCGUUACUCCUCUUUCUCCCCUUCUUCCACAUCGCCGCCUCAACCUCGCCGUCCGGCCUCCACCCCGUCGUGCUGCUGCCGGACACCACCUGCAGCCAGCUCGAGGCACGCCUCACGGACGCCUACGUGCCGCCGUCGCCGCAAUGCGCCGCGCACCACAAGGAUCACGACGGCCGGUGGUUCCGGCUGUGGAAGAACACCACGGAGCUCGACGACCCAGCCGUUGCCCCCUGCGUCGCCGACCAGCUCCGCCUCGUCUUCGACCACGUCGCCGGCGACUACCGCAACGUCCCCGGCGUGGAGACGCGCGUCCUGGACUUCGGCUCCACCCGUGGGUUCCUCGCCGACGAGCCCGCCAACAGAAACCGGUGCAUGGGAAGGCUCGUCGAGGCGUUGGAGGAACUCGGCUACCGCGACGGCGAGAACCUCUUCGGCGCGCCGUACGACUUCCGGCAGUCGCCGGUGGCGCUGGGGCAGCCAUGUAGGGCGUUCUCGCGGUACAGGCAGCGGCUCCGGGCUCUCGUCGAGCACGCGAGCAGGGCGAAUGGGGACAGACCGGUCGUCCUCGUGUCGCACAGCGAAGGCGGCUACUUCGCGCUCGAGUUCCUCAACCGGAGCCCCUUGCCGUGGCGGCGGAGGCACAUCAAGCACUUCGUCAUGGCCUCCACCGGCGCCGGCGGGUUCGUGAGGUUCAUGGAGGUCGUCGCGUCCUGCGUCAGCGACGUGUCCCCGCUUGCACGCGUGAGGAGGAGCGUCCCCAGCAAGUUCACGCCGCUGCCGUCGCCCAAGGUGUUCGACCGCGACACGCCGCUGGUGGUUACGCGGGACAAGAACUACACCGCGCACGACAUGCCGGCGUUCCUCGCGGCGGCGGGGCUACCGGAGUUCGAGGUGACGCUGUACGAGACGAGGGAGCUGCCCAUGGCGAUGAACUUCAGAGCUCCUGUUGUGCCGACGACGUGCAUCAACGGCAUCGGCGUGCCCACGGCGGAGAAGCUGGUGUACUGGGACGGCAACUUCGGCGAGGCCCCCGAAAUCGUGUACGGCGACGGCGAUGGGCUUGUCAAUUCGGCGAGCAUAUUGGCCCUCGACACGGUGAUCGGCGAUGAUCCGAUGCAGCAGUACUACAAGUCCAUCAAGAUCGCCGGCAUGUAUCACGCCGGCGUUAUCUCCGACGGUGUCGCCUUGGAGCGUUUGAUCAGUGAGAUUCUUCGGGAGAGUUUUGUGCAAGAUUCCAAGAAGGUGGAUUAUCGUCGAGUUGCUCAACUCUAAGUUGAUCACUUUUUCUAUUCUCUUUAACUCAUCGUUUAGAUCAACAUGUAUGCGCUACUUGUAAUGUAUUCACUUGGUUCCACAUUAUAAAAUGUUUUCGUAUCACUUA